ACCACCCUGCGUUUACAAAGUGCAGCUAACGAACAUUAAUUUUUACGUAUGACUUUUUGUAAACAAUAACAAUAAUUAAGGCAAUCAAAAAAUGUCUUCAUCAGGGUGGCAUGGAAUUAAAAAAAAGAAGAAAAAUAAAAUAGAUAAUGACCGUAUCAAGAUUCCCAAAGAUAUCUUUGAGAAAGCAUUAGAAGUGAUAAAUGACUCGACUCAUGUAACUUGGGUGGAUCGAAAUAGUGAUUGCUCUAAACCUAUACAUCGUAGCUUCGAAAAUGAUAUGAAAGGUAUGCGUUCUGCUGACCUUAGCUCCAAAAUGUUUUUGGCGCGGGAUUGCUUACUGAAACGAGAUGUCCGAAACUUUGCGAAAACGCUUGCUGUUAUAAAUCCUAGUGGUGGCCGUUUAGAUUGUAAAUGGUACCCACUUUGUGUGAAGUACGGAGCAAUUUGUUUGGCACACAACAACGCUGAUUUAUUAAAUGUAUAUCUCCAAUCACUUGUAUCUUCGAAAAAUAAUGAAGGAACUUUGGAAAAGUAUACGAAAUAUAAUCAUGAUGUUGCAGGAAACUGAUGAUAAAUGAAAAUAAAACGAACAAAAUGCAAUUUA